AUGUCCGGAUAUAGACCUCCUGUAGGAUUCAACCUCCCUCCAGACCAGGGUUAUCCACCGAUGGGUGGUGGGUACCCUGCCUAUCCCCCCGCGGGUGGUCCAGCUGGAUACCCACCUCAGGGCCAAUCCGGUUAUCCUCCUCAAGGUGCCGGAUAUCCAGCUAGUGGCCCCGGUCGUCCGCAUCAAGGCCAAGGUGGUUACCCACCUCAGGGCCAAGGUGGUUACCCACCUCAGGGCCAAGGUGGUUAUCCACCUCAAGGCCAGGGUGGUUACCCACCUCAGGGCCAAGCUGGUUAUCCCGGCGGAGCUCAAGGUUAUCCACCACAAGGUCAAAUAGGAAAUCCUGGCUUCGGAUCCUCCACACCAUCUUAUCCUGGUUAUGGAUCCACUUCGCAACCAUUAGCCCCACCACCCAGUUAUGGAGCUAGCUUCUGUGGUAUGGGAGCAAUGUCAUCGUACUACAGUGGACGUCCAACCGUUCGUCCUGUUGCGAAUUUUAAUCCUAGCAAAGAUGCGGACGAUCUUCGCAAAGCUAUGCGUGGUUUGGGCACCGAUGAAGCAACAAUCAUCUCCAUCCUUUCAAGCAGAUCUUUUGAUCAGCGUGUGCAAAUCGCGACCAAAUAUGUGGCAUCGUUUGGAAAGGAUCUCAAAUCUCACCUCAAGAGUGAACUAAGUGGCAAAUUUGAAGACUUGGUUCUUCUAAGCAUUGGAACCCUCUCGGAAAUGCUUGCAACAACAAUUUACAAGGCUGUUAAGGGUGCGGGCACUCACGAACAACUUCUCAUUCAAGCCAUCAUUCCCUACUCGAAUCCUAUCAUCAGAGGAAUUGCGCCUGCCUAUCAGAAACGUAGGAAUCUAUCACUUGCACUUAAAUUAGUCUCUUUGAGCACUUCAUUAUUGCGCUUUCAAUUAGUAGAUAUCUUGCUUACAUUCACCCUCUUUUUUCUUCACCCUGUAGUAUUCGGGCGCGAUGUAAUCCAAGAUAUCAAAAGCGACACGAGUAGAGAUUUUGAGAAGAUUCUGGUUGCAAUGCUUCAAGGACAUCGUGAAGAGAAUGUAAAUGUUAAUAUGAGCGAAGCUGCUGCGGAUGCUGAACUGCUAUAUAAUGCUGGCGAAAAAAUACUAGGAACUGAGGAGGCAGUCUUCACAAGAAUUCUUGCUCAAAAAAGCUUCGAACAUAUCAAAGCCGUCAAUGAAGCCUAUCGACAGCGAUUUGGCCACGGUCUGGAUAGGGCCAUUAAUAAGGAAACAUCGGGUGAUUACAAGAAUACAAUGCUUGCAAUCGUUAACUUUGCUGUGAAUAAGAAUGAGCUUCUCGCUGAAUGGUUCUACAAGUCGAUGAGGGGACUGGGUACCGAUGAUUGGUCCUUGAUGCAGUUGACUCUGGGUCGUUCUGAGAUUGAUCUUCAAGAUGUGAAGGAGGCCUAUCAAAGGAAGUAUGGAAAGACUCUGUUAAAGGCAAUUGAAGGCGAUACCUCCGGGGAUUAUAGACGAAUGUACCAGGCGCUCGUUGGAAAUUAG